CGCGCCGGCCUGCCUGCCUGCCUUCCCUCCCUCUCUCCCUCCCUCCCUCCCUUCCCUCGGGUCCCCGAUGGCGGAUGGCUCUUCGUCCCCGGCGGCGGCGGCGGAGGGCCCGUUCGCGUGCCCGAUCUGCCUGGACGCGCUGAAGGAACCGGUGACGGUGCCGUGCGGGCACAACUUCUGCCUGGGCUGCCUGGGCGCGCACCGGGCGGGGAAAGGGGCGGCCUCGCGCUGCCCGCUCUGCCAGGAGCCCUUCCCGCCCGGGCUGCAGCUCCGCAAGAACCACGCGCUGGCCGAGCUGCUCCUCCACCUCCGCCGCCCGCCCGCCCUGGAGCCCACGGGGAACGCCGAGGAGGCGGCGGCGGCGGCAGGGGAGGCUGCCUCUUCUCCGCCGCCGUCGGGGGUGCUGUGCGACUUCUGCCCGGAGGAGGAGGGCCGGGCGGCGGCGGCGCAGUCGUGCCUGGUGUGCCUGGCCUCCUUCUGCGCGGCGCACCUGCAGCCCCACCUGCGCAGCCCGGCCUUCCAGGGCCAUCGCCUGGUGGCCCCCUCGCCGCGCCUGGAGGACCGCCUCUGCCGGCUGCACCUGCGCCCCCUCGAGGCCUUCUGCCGCAACGACGGCGCCUGCCUCUGCCUCCUCUGCAAGGCCGACCCCCAGCACCGCGGGCACCAGGCCGUCGCCCUCGAGGACGAGCGACAGCGCGCGCAGGCCCAGACACCAAAAAUCUUGAGCAGUGUUGAGAGUCAGCUGGAUGAACUUGGCGUCCUUAUUGCCCAGACGAAGAGAACUGUCGACCUAAUCAAAGGCACUGCUCAGAAAGAGAAGGAGAAAGUCAGCAAGCUCUUUGUUGAGACAGCCCGAGUCCUUGCAGCCUUCCAGAAGGAAGUCCUUGGGUUCAUUGAUGAUGGUGAAAGAGCCAUGUUGAGUGCAGCAGAAGAGGAGCUGGGGCAAAAGGAAGAGAGACAUGCCAUGUUGAAUGAGUGCCGGCAGAAUCUGGAAAAGGUCUCCAGCACAGAUACCAUCUCUUUCCUGCAGGAGUUCCAAGCACUGAAAAUAGCUGCUGAGGAGAAUAACUUCUCAAGUGCAAGCUUUCCAAAAGAACUGAGUUUUAUCAAAUCGAGCCAAGCUGUGUGCACCGUCAAGGAGUGGCUGGUGAACAUUUGCAAGAACCAGUGGGACCUGCUUUCAGGGAAAGGAGCUGAUGGAACCAUUCCUUAUGGGAUGCCAGAAGUGACUAUGGGGAGCCCGAUUGCUGAAAAAAACACCAACCCUGCCUCUCUGGAAUCGCGAGAUUAUUUUCUUAAAUUUGCUUUUAUCAUAGAUUUGGACAGUGAUACAGCUGAUAAAUUUCUCCAGCUCUUUGGCACCAAGGGGGCCAAGCGUGUGUUGAAUCCCAUUGGCUACCCUGAGAACUCCACCAGGUUCAUUAACUGUGAGCAGGUGCUGGGUGAGAACAUCAUGAACCGGGGCAACUACUAUUGGGAAGUGGAGAUCAUCGAUGGCUGGGUGAGCAUCGGGGUCAUCACAGAAGACUUCAACCCCCAGGAGCCAUAUGAUAGAGGUCGCCUGGGCAGGAAUGAGAAGUCCUGCUGUCUGCAGUGGAACGGGCAGAACUACGUUGCCUGGUUUGGGGGUUUUGACUGUGUGAUACAACAGCCUUUCUUCCACACCAUUGGCGUGUUCUUGGAGUACUCUGAGAAGGCGCUGACUUUCUUUGGAGUCAAGGAUGCCAAGAUGACCUGUCUGCAACAGUUCAAAGUUGCUCGCUUCAAAAAGGGCCAUUUUGACCCCUUCCAGAAUAAGAUCAACCACCAGUUUCCUACUUUCUUUUCUCACAAUCUCAAGCCAGCAUUUUUUCUUGAAAGUGUAGAUGCCCACAUGCAACUGGGACCUUUAAAGAAAGACUGUGUUUCUGUGCUGAAACGACGUUAAUUUGUUUACUGUAUGGGAGUGAAGACACAAUUCAGGAAAGGCUAACCUGAAGCCUUUUUAGUGGCACUAUGGCACCUCACUGAUUUAGGAUUAAAAGCCUCUGUCAUUCUUAUCUCUGUCACUACCACAUGAAAGGCAUUUGCUGAUAUCACUUUUCCUUCUGAGUUUUCAUCAGGAUAGCACUUCUUAGGGCUUCUGCCUCCUGGGUUUAAUCUAGAAGGCCCUAAACUUGUUUUCCUUUCACGUAUUUUGAAUUGCUGCACUUAUCUUAUUGUAUAAAUCUGCUGGUGCCACUAAAAGCAGCAGACACCUACAUUGGGAAUAAACACACCAAACUAGAGAAUAACCCUUGAUCCAAAAUAGCCAGAAUUAGUGCCAAUGUCUAUAUUCCUGUAAAACUUGGUGGAAAAGAUAGUGAGGAUAAUUAUGGGGAAAUGACCUAGUCAUUCAUGCCUCCCUAUAGAAAUAUAUUGAAUUAGAUUAUUCUCUCCAUGAAAAAAGAUUGAGGGAUUGAGAUUGAGUAGAGUACUGGAUGACAUGUUGUAUCAGCCUGCUCCAACAUAGUGCCCUUCAAAUAUGUUUAAUGCACCUCCAAGUUAACAGGAUAUUUAUGGGAGAUGAAGUCCAAUAUAUCUGGAGGGCAGCAGCUUUGGGAAGAGUGUGUUUUGUAAAAUGAUCCUGGAGACUCUUGUUAAUAGUAGGGUGUUUUCUGCUUUCUGUUCCUGAAGCUAAUUCUUUUCUUGAUUUCAUUUUGGACAGCCAGCUCAAGCUGCCAACUAUCCACUAACAACAGGUCUAUUAUUCUUGUUUUAGAUGUGGUAGAUAUUCAAACAUUCCUCUAGUUCUGUCUACCUGGGGUUGUAGUUACAAAUUACCACACACAAUUGCAACUUGCUAGUUGCAGUUGUAAGCAAUUUUCUAAUCAUGAUGGUGCAAAAAGCCACAUGUUUAAAGUGGACAGUAAGGUGAACUUAGAUCAGAGUUUACCUAUGUGGCAGAUCACUGCUUGUUUUUAAAUCUCAUUAGAUAAGAUGGGAGUUGUGCUGAGAAAAGAGUACAGCCCUCUCUCUGACAGCUUAAAUGUAAACAAAUAAAAUUACUGGGCACAAAGCAAUUGUGACAUAGUUCAGCCAUUAUUUUACUUUAUUAGUUACUACACUUCAUACUUUUGUGUUGUAUUCACAGUAGCAAGGUGGAUGUGAUGGUAGAUUCAGACUAGAUUCUUAGAUACCAGCCUAAAUAAAAGUGAAAUUGAGCACCUAUGAAUUGUAGUAUCUUUAGAAUAUGUCGUAACACAACAUUGAUGUGUUUCUUAGUGAUGCUUAAAAAGUGGCAGAAAAAACUGUCUGGGCUUGAUAUUCUAAUAUAUUAAUUACUGUAAAUUGGAGUGAAAGCAGGAAGAUGUACUGCUUGAGUUGUACUCUCCAGUUACUUUCUUGCUGAGUUCUUAAACAAUAGAUCUUAUAUUUUUAAGGCUAAAAUGAAAGCCAUAGUGAGCGACUCUUGAGAACAGGUCCAUGAAAAGGAAAUGGGGAGAUUUGAAGCAGAUUACAAAGGUUUGAAUUUCCAUUUCUCAGGUUAUGAUUUCACCACAUGGUGCCUUUCAGGUGUAUGUUGGAUGACAAUUUCUGUAAUAAUCAGUGGCUAUGCUGAUUGGGGAUAAUGGGACUUCUAGUUCAGGCAUCUAGUAAAUGUUCCAAAUUGUGAAAAAACUGAACUUUAAAAUCAAUAUUUUCCAGCAGAUCACAUCUACCAACUCCUCCUAGGAAAAUGAUACUAUAAACAAUAUUGCACCGAACAUAAAUCUAGUCCUGUUAAGCAUAUUCAGAUUUUUUGGGGUGGGUGGUGAGGAUGGAGACAAAUCUAACUUGCCUUCUAGGCUGCAGUAGCAAAAAAGGUUUCUAGUCAGGUAAUUUGAGUUAACCUGUGAGAAGUUACAAACUUCUGUGGGCAUUAAGAAGUAAAGUUAAACCUAGUUUAAUCUGUUCUGUUUUUGGAUAUGAAAUGGUAGUAGAAUUGAUGAUCCACUGGAUAUCUUUCUUCUCCAGGAUAUAAAAUGGUUAGUUUGAUGCAUAAUUUGUGUUACAUUUGGUUUAUAAGUGUACAGUUGUAACAUAUUCCAGGUUGUUACACUUAAUAUAAAUUUCCGUUCCAGGAAGAGGAAAAUAAUUAGCCUGGAGGCACUUGUUUUUAAUUCGAAGAUUUCUCUUCAUGUAUUUCUUGCAGAAAUAAAAACGUAAUGCUGGUGUACUUCAUUAAUGCCGAUUCACCACUGAUGCUGGUGUACUCCAGGGAUUCAGUAUUAUUUUUGAAGGAGUUCAUUCAAGUUUCCUAUUUUGUCUACCUCCCAAGGCUUGGUCUUCAAACAAAAUAGACUAUCGCAUAUUUAUACAUAAUGAAUAGUAUUAUUAAUGAGGUUAAUGGUGUGUGUUCACUUGUUUUUGCUGUCUGGGUUUUAUUCAGAUUUUCCUGGCUAUCAGCAAGAAACAGUGGUCACCACAGUUAGUUUUUAAAACUUUCAUCAGUGAAUUAAACAGUAACACAAUUGUUACUGAGUUGACUACUAUGCUAGUAGUGUUGUGAUAUUUAAACAAGCCUUUGUGGAUAAACUGGAAUGAUCAUUUGUUCACACUGAACAAACUGGCUGUAUUCGUUAUUUUUUCUACUCAAUUGGCUGAAUACAGUGUUUGUUUCUUUAUACAGUGUUGGGCAAUUAUUACUUUUCCAUAUUUUGGAGUGUUACUAACCCAUUUGCUUUGGGGAUUUCCAACUCAAAACUUACAGUUCUAUAAUCUGAAGUGUGUGAGGAAAUUUAGUUUCUAUUAAACAAUAUGCAACUACAA